ACAUCUGUCAGAUGUUAAUACAUAAAAAAGUUUAUACGUAAAAAAUAGUGUAAUUUCUGAAAUUAAUAUUCCUUAGUUUUCUAAUACCCUUAAAAAAGUAAACUUUCUGCGUGGAUGGCGAUGUUAAUGUGCCAGCCGAUAAUGCAAAUACAACAUGAACAAAUAUUCAAAUAAAAACGAACGGAAGUUAAAUUAACUCGCAGCAAUUGAUCUCCGAGAUAACAAUAACUAUAAGGGCAGCUUAGCUCGCUCGAGGGUAGCACAAGGAACGAGUAAAUUUUCAUUUCCUUAAUAAUAUAGGACCGGAGAGCAUAUUAAUUAUGCAAAACAUCAAGAGAAGACGAUACCAAAAAGAUUUGGCUCCCACGGAUGAUAUCGUGACUUUAAUACACUUAGUUCGCCAGAAUCCUGCGUUGUAUAAUUAUAAAUUAAACCCAAAUCAACGUAGGCGUAGUGACAUCCUUAAUGGUUGGGCAAAUAUAGCUGCUGCAAUAGGGAACCGUUACACUGUCGAGGAGUGUCGUCGAAAAUGGAAAAAUCUUAGAGAUACCUACCAUCAGUACCGGCUGCGAAAGCCAAAAAUCGGUGACGGUCUGUCCAAAUGGCGUUACGCCAAAGACAUGGAAUUUCUAUCGAAUGUUUAUCAGCCGAAACUAAAAUCAAAUCGCACACAAAACUUUAACGCUACGCCACAGGAUAAUCUAUUGCACAGUGUUUCGGAGAGCAACGAUGAGCAUGACCAGGUGGUACAUCAGGACAUGGUACAUACUGGCAUCAUUUCUGUUAACGACACUGACACAUUUAUAUUGACCGCCUACGAAGAUGUAACACACGACAACGAUGUCAGACAUGAAGAUCCUAAUAUGUCGCAUGGGGAACUCAAUCACGACAAUAGCAUGGAAGAUUGCGUGGAAAUUGUCAAGCACGAACAGCAUAAUACUUUGGAUGAUGAUGGUAAUACCGGCGCUGAAGUAGACUAUGAAGAAGUGUGUCUAUAUGAAGAAUCCGGGAAUACGCCCAGCGUAGAUUGUGAGACAAUAAUUGGGGCACCUGGAAAUUCGGCUAAUUCGGACGAUACCAAGUUUCAGUAUAUCGAUACACAUGAUUUUUGCAUUGGCUCUAUGAAUCCUACACGCUCCCAAUAUUCCAGUAGUGCUAGUAGUGUCAUAGGUGCUGCAAGUACUCUUAAAUUAAAAAAUUUGCCCAUGGUUACAUCGUCGACACCAAUGCCUUCAACAUCAUCGAAUAACACACUGGAUUCGACAACGCCCUGUGUUACAAUAGCCGCAUCCUCUGCUGUACAUAUACAACAACAAUUGCCGGAGCUGACCCCAUCCCCCACCACUCCAUCCGGUGGAAAUGCGGCAACUUCGACAUCUUCUUCAAAUUCAUCUGUCAAACCAGACUCGAAUUCGUUGCUGACAACAAAUACGCACCAACAGCAUCAAACACAAACACAAUCGCAACAACAACAACCUCCGCCUUCAUAUUCCAGUAACCAUAAUUCCUCUUCAUCCAACAACAACAAUAACAACAACAAAAUGGGAACGUACACUCUGUCAUCAAAGUGUCCUGUAGCCGACUAUUGUAACCAUCAACGUGAAGAGUGUGAUUUAUUUUUCGAUUUUCUAAAGAAAAAAAUUCAACGCUUUCCUCCCGAAGAGAUAACCUCAAUUCAAGUGGAGUUCCUCAAUUGUGUUUUGCGUCGUGAAGCUGAACAUGCACAGAAAGCACAGCAACAGCAACAACAACAACAACAACAACAGCAACAGCUACAACAGUCCCACCACCAUCAUCAUCACACAUCUAUGAACUAGUAGCAGAGAGCUGUAAAUCUGAUCUCUAUUAAAGAGUAUUUUAUCUCCCCCACCCACCACCCUCCCAUCAAUGGUUUCACAUGAAGAUAAAAUGUUUUUUUUUCUUAUUUGUAUUGUUUAAAAAUAGUAAAUUUGUACGUACGUAUACAUAGCUCUAAUGUAGAUAUUUUAUUUUAAAUAAAAACUAAGUGAAAAAGUUA